AUGGGCGGUGUCGUUCUUGCAGAGGCCGGGGCCCAGAAGGAGCAUCCGGCGAGAAAAAGCUUCAUUGCUCACAAUUUUGGGCGGCCGCUUGAGUCCGGAGGCGUCCGGCAAAGCAUUUUGGCAUUGAACAUGAGCGCAAUAGGAGGCGGUUUGCUCACACUGUCGUAUGCGAUGCGCCUUACAGGGAUUGGACUGGGUUGUUUUUUAGUUAUUGUCGCGGGACUGGCAAGCGCUUAUAGUAUCCAGAUACUGAUGGAGCAGGCAGCGGAGACAGGCUCCACACAGUAUGGGGAGUUGGUUGGGAAGAAGAUGCGAGGUUGCGGCACUGCGUUUAAUAUCGUGCUUUCCGCUUACGGCUUUGGUUGUCAAGUAGCUUACUCGAACUUUGUCGGCGAGUUCACGUCUGCUCUGUUUCAAGUGAUGCUUCCGAGUGUGCCGAUCCUGCACAGAAAAGACUUUGUGAUGUUCGCUAUUCUUGUAAUAGUGAUCCCCCUGACGGUUCCCCGUAGCAUCAGCGCGCUGCGGUACGUCUCUCCGAUCAGCGUUGUUUCGCUCAUGUACACGGCAGUACUGAUCAUUACGCGCACGCCAGAAAAAGUGACGAGCAAUGUCGUUAGUACUACAAUGCUACCAAAAAUUGUUGAUGUUUCAUCUCCUAUUAGUUACCUCUAUAGUAGGUAGUUUCAGUCCAGUCGGUAUUGAAAAACCGACUGCUGCCCGAUGUUUUUAUUUGGAAAUAUCUAUUGCUUCUUCUCGUAUUGACGUUGAAAUUCUAGCACCAUGACACGAUAUCAGGUGAACUCAACGUGUGGACAAUCGAUUGGAAUUUUUUCGUCGCUCUGGGAAAUUUUAUCUUCGCGUACAAUUGUCAUUUGAACGUUGUGCCGGUUGCCAGCGAGUUGCAAAUCGCGACAGAUGUGAAGAUACGCAAAAUUACUUACUCGGCUGUUUUCGUCCAAAUGUUUUUUUAUCUCUGCAUCGCGCUCGCAGGAUACCUCAGCUUCGGGGAAGCCGCAAGAUCAGAUAUCUUGGCGAACUACGCCGUUGACGACCCCAGUGCUGUCGUUGCAAGAUGUGCACUAGCGACCACGUUGACCCUCGCGAUGCCGAUCGGCCUCAACCCAACCAUUCGAGCCUUCUUGGCCGUUUUUGACGCAGCUUGCGAAGCACAAAAAGACAACUCGUUAGAAACUGGCUCCCUAGAGGCAGAGUUGCUGGAGCGACCAAAGAAAUCACUGUUCGACAAUUGGAUUGCAAGGCUACUCUCAGCGAUGCUAUGUACUCUUUUCCCAUAGUCCUUGAUGUCGUCUUUAGAGUGUUUUUCAGAAGUUGUAAUGUGGAUUUGUUCAUCAUCAACUACACCGAAAAUCGGAGGAUCUUUGUCUUUCAUGCGUAUUUUCAUCACAACGAACUGAUACGACAGAUACAAUAAGCGCCGCCAUAAUGGCGUGCCUGGUGGGUGACCCCUCACAAAUAUUUGGGCUAACAAGCGCAGUGACAGGGACGCUGAUGAUGUUUGUCUUACCUGCCGUCUUUUGUGACAACUUUCGACUUCCGGUCAUCGGACUUUUAGUGCUCGGCGCAUUGAACGGGGUAGGCGCAGUCGUUAUAGUCUUGCAAGGCAGCGGAGUGCUUCCAAAAGCACCACAUUGAUGCAGUUUAUUUUGUGCUCUUCAUUAGGAUUUAUCAAGAGUUCAGCCGCUGCAUAUCACAACCACGCGAAUGCCCCCCUCGAAAUUAGCGCAGCUUUUUUAUUUAAGAAUAGUUUCUCCAGCCUCUUCAAGUCGUUGUAUGCAGAGUAAGUCAAAAUGUUCUUCCAAGAAUCUCGUCAAUUGCUUCGGAUACUUUCUAGAGCUUUGAAGAUAUUACUUACACGUGUUCCCCUACAAAAAAUUGUUAUCACAUUUUUGACCCUCGCUCUGAUUUAGUCUCCAGUUUCGCAUGAUUCAAAUUUAAUGUAUUUUGAUUUUUGUCUUGCUCUUUAGCAUUUUCUGAAUUAUCUUGAUACUACCUACGUACUUGUUCUAGGUAGAAGUAGAAGUAGAUCUUUCCACCGACCAUCUCUCGUUAGAGUAGCGCAAGUUGAGCCGAAUAUACGCGUUGGUUACAACUUCGAUUCUUGUUUCACAAGCUUUCAUAAAGCCUAAAAACAAAUUUUGCUUUUACUAGGAGGCGUAUAAUAACGUACAAGUUGUAUUAUAGGUGGUCCGGUGUGUCGUACGUCCAAUUAAUGUACGAAUAGAUGAUAUCCCCGACCGCUGCACCAGGUGAGCAUAAGAUUAGAGCAGAACACUAGAAACCAGAGACACUGAGGAAGUGUGAAGGGCUUUCGCCUUUUCAAGCGUAGGAAGGAAAAAGUCAGGGAAGUAUAGGCCGGCGC